AUGCCUCCAAAGUUGCCGCCCUUGCGCUUCGUGCGUUCAGUUCUCAACUCGUUCGCCAAAGACUCUGGUCUUGAGCCGAGAUUACUCGGUAACAAUUUCCGGGUCACCGGCGCUUCGGUGGGCAAGGUCGACUUUGAGCUGGCCAUCCAGAAGGAGCACACGAACCGUCUCUCUACAAUUCACGGCGGCACCCUUGCCAGUCUCGUUGACCUCGGCGGUUCGCUCGCCGUGGCCUCCAAGGGCCGCUUCAUGACCGGCGUGUCAACUGACAUUAAUGUCACAUACCUGAAUCCGGGAGGGAAACCGGGCGACAUCAUGACGGGCACUGCCAUCUGUGACAAGAUGGGAAGAACCCUGGCGUACACCACGGUCACUUUCUUCAACAAGAAGGGAGAGCUAGCCGCGCGAGGCAGCCACACCAAGUACAUCGCAAAGACGUGGGAAACGGAGGACUUUGUCGCGCCGGACGAGUACGUUGCCGAAGAGGAAAAGUAG